GGCGUUCGCCUGUCUCCUCUCUCCUUCGUCAUUGUCUUUCACCUCCUCCAUAUAUUACUCUCCUCUCGCAUUUUUAUUUCCUCACAUAGUCUCUCCAAACCUAACCAAAUUACCCCAUUCUAAGGCCAAACAAGAAAAACCUCUCGAGUUUCCCCUUGUUUUCAUCGCCUUCUUUCUGGUUUUCUCUCCGGCCGGCUAAAUCAUCUUAACUGGGUAAUUAGCGAUUACCCAGUUGAGCAAACUCUAUAUACAAUUCAUUACAUUUCUCCAGUUUUUUUGUUUUGAUAAUUCAGAGAAAUGGAAUCUACAGCAGAAAAGCUUUCUCCUUUUGAUUUUAUGGCGGCGAUCCUUAAAGGAGGAAAGAUAUUUGAUAAACUUAACUCGUCGUCGGAUUCUGGUGACUCAACUUCUCCAGCUUCAUUGGCAGCUUUGUUGCUGGAGAACAAGGAUUUGGUGAUGAUAUUGACAACCUCAGUUGCUGUUUUAAUCGGAUGUGCAGUAGUCUUGUUGUGGCGGCGCUCCUCAACAUCUGCUAAGAAGGUCCUGGAGCCACCCAAGUUGGUGGUUCCUAAGUCGGUUGUAGAACCUGAAGAGAUUGAUGAUGGAAAGAAGAAGAUUACCAUCUUUUUCGGAACCCAGACUGGUACAGCAGAAGGCUUCGCAAAGGCACUUGCUGAGGAAGCCAAGGUCAGAUAUGAGAAGGCUACCUUUAAAGUGAUUGAUAUGGAUGAUUAUGCGGCUGAUGAUGAAGAGUAUGAAGAAAAAUUGAAGAAAGAAACAUUGGCAUUCUUUUUCUUGGCGACAUACGGAGAUGGUGAACCAACUGAUAACGCUGCCAGAUUCUAUAAAUGGUUUGAAGAGGGGAAAGAGAGGGGUGACUUCUUUAAAAAUCUUCAGUAUGGAGUAUUUGGGCUUGGUAACAGACAAUACGAGCAUUUCAACAAGAUUGCUAAAGUUGUGGAUGAGCUUCUGGUUGAGCAAGGUGGGCAGAGGCUUGUUCCAGUGGGUCUUGGAGAUGAUGAUCAAUGCAUUGAAGAUGAUUUUGCUGCAUGGCGUGAUUUAGUGUGGCCUGAAUUGGAUAAGUUGCUUCUUGAUGGGGAUGAUGCAACUGCUGCGACUCCAUAUACUGCUACAGUUUUGGAAUAUAGGGUUGUUACCUAUGAGAAGUCCAACUUUGAUAACGACUUGACCAACACAAAUGGUCAUGCAAAUGGACAUGUCGUUGUUGAUGCUCAACAUCCUUUCAGAGCUAAUGUUGCUGUGAGGAAGGAGCUUCAUACUCCAGCUUCUGAUCGUUCUUGCACUCAUCUGGAGUUUGACAUUUCUGGCACUGCACUUGUGUAUGAAACUGGUGAUCAUGUUGGUGUGUACUGUGAAAAUUUUAUUGAAACUGUAGAGGAAGCUGAAAGGUUACUGAAUAUAUCACCAGACACUUUCUUUUCGAUUCACACUGAUAAAGAGGAUGGCACACCACUUGGUGGAAGCUCAUCGCCAUCUCCCUUCCCUCCUUGCACUUUGAGAACAGCGUUGACUCGGUAUGCUGAUCUUUUGAGUUCUCCUAAAAAGUCUGCUUUACUUGCUUUAGCGGCAUGUGCUUCUGAUCCAAAUGAAGCUGAUCGAUUAAGAUAUCUUGCAUCACCUGCUGGAAAGGAAGAAUAUGCUCAGUGGAUAGUUGCAAGUCAGAGAAGCCUUCUUGAAGUCAUGGCUGAAUUUCCUUCAGCCAAGCCUACACUAGGUGUUUUCUUUGCUUCUGUUGCUCCUCGCCUACAACCGAGAUUCUACUCCAUCUCAUCAUCUCCUAGGAUGGCGGCAUCUAGAAUUCACGUCACGUGUGCACUGGUUUACGACAAAAUGCCAACUGGACGAAUUCACAAGGGUGUCUGCUCAACAUGGAUGAAGAAUGCUAUUCCUCUAGAAGAAAGCCUUUCCUGCAGUACGGCACAUAUUUUUGUUCGGCAAUCAAACUUUAAACUGCCAGCUGAUAACAAGGUUCCAAUCAUAAUGAUUGGCCCUGGUACUGGAUUGGCACCAUUCAGGGGUUUCCUCCAGGAAAGAAUGGCUUUGAAGAAGGAAGGAGCUGAGCUUGGUCCUGCUGUGUUAUUUUUUGGAUGCAGGAACCGCCAAAUGGACUACAUCUAUCAGGAUGAGUUAAACAACUUCCUAGAGGUCGGUGCACUUUCUGAGCUAGUUGUUGCUUUCUCACGUGAAGGUCCUAACAAAGAAUACGUGCAACAUAAAAUGACACAGAAGGCAGCGGACAUCUGGAACAUGAUUUCUCUGGGAGGAUACGUAUAUGUCUGUGGUGAUGCUAAAGGUAUGGCAAGGGAUGUCCAUCGGACCCUUCAUACUAUUGCGCAGGAUCAGGGUUCACUUGAUAGCUCCAAGGCUGAGAGCUUUGUGAAGAACUUGCAAACGACUGGAAGAUAUCUGCGUGAUGUGUGGUAAUUGUCUCGUGCAAGCCUAUUGUGAUUAGACAAAUAUAUAGGAAGGCGACGACUUGCAAAGAACAAACAGCCUUUCAAUAGGGGAAAACAAGUCUCGACUUGUCGUCACAGCUCUGCUAUUGUAUGAUUCUUUUUUUACUCUUGGAUGAAAGAUUUUUUGGUUCAUGUAGUUUAUAUAUUAUAUAUGUACAACUGUGGUACAAAUAAUUAUGUUGGUAUUUAUUAUAGGCAAUAUUUAUUCAAGAGCUUGUAAUUUCCCUAAUGAACCAGCAAUAUGGUUCAGAGAACAUUGUAUGCUGACAUUUUAAGGGCGUAUUUAAUACAUUUUGAAAUAAUUUGAGAAAAA